AUGAAUCACAUGCAUGUAUACACCGUGACGGCCACCAACUUCUGCCCGCCCAACUACGCGCUCCCGAGCGACGGCGGCGGGUGGUGCAACCCGCCGCGGCCGCACUUCGACAUGGCGCAGCCGGCGUGGGAGAAGAUCGGCGUGUACCGGGGCGGCAUCGUGCCGGUGCUGUUCCAGCGCGUCCCCUGCCGGAGGCGCGGCGGCGUGCGGUUCACGGUGAGCGGGAGGGACUACUUCGAGCUGGUGCUGGUGACGAACGUGGCGGCGGCCGGGUCGGUGCGGUCGAUGGAGGUGAAGGCCACGGGCGGCGGCGGCGGCUGGAUGGCCAUGUCGCGCAACUGGGGCGCCAAUUGGCAGUCGCUGGCGUACCUCGACGGCCACGGCCUGUCGUUCCGGCUCACCGCCACCGACGGCCAGACGGUCGUCUUCACCGGCGUCGUGCCGCCGUCGUGGAGGUUCGGCCAGACGUUCGCCAGCACCCAGCAGUUCAAGUGAUUGAAUGAAUUUAGAUAAUAUCAGAAAGUCUUACACGGUGGCGGACUCAGAAAGUGGUAGUUUCAGUUUCAGGUUUGGUUGGCCGUGGCGUGCUUGCACCGCUGCUCGAUCUGUUACUAGCAGCCCGCCAACGAUUUGUGCUCUGCAAUCGUGUUGAUUCGAUCGAUGAUUUGUAUUGACAAGACAUGCCCAUGUAUCAAUGCGAUACCAACUACUUUGCAA